UCAAUCAUCCCUGGGAACCCACGUUGCUCCCCAAAGUAUAGUAGUCUCUGCAGAUCUUCCGGUGUGGGACGUCUUAGGUAUUCAUCGCAAAACAAGCGGAUUAUUCCGGCGGAAAAAUUGUGCAAACAUCGUCGAGCAGUUGUUUCACCCAUUCGGACAUAUUCGUCCACUGCAUCAGCUCCAACACCAUAAGCCAAUUGACGAAUUCAGACAUAUUCGUCCACUGCAUCAGCUCCAACACCAUAAGCUUGCGUACAAGACCGGAAUCGAACGGAAGUGGAUUGAGAUUUCGAAGCUGCGACCUCUCGAUUGGAAGCUGCGACCUUUCGAUUUGCAAAGACACGCCGACGGAGACUCCAGUGGAAGAGAGAAGACGCAGGUGGAGUGAGGAGAUCAGGUCGUCGCUUUCGUUUGGAAAGGAUCGAUCUUCGAUUCAAUGCUUCAGUUCGUCGCCAUCGAGCUCUCCUUUUUCGAUUUUUGAUUUCAAUUUCCCGAAUGCGAAUGAGCCGAAACCACCGUCCCUUCUUCGUUUUCAUCGUCCAAUAACGUGAUGCCACAUCUCCUUCGGGACGAGCCCGAUUGUCCCUUACUUACGGCCCAUCCCACCCAUUUUAAUUUCAUUUUGAAUUAUUUUCGACCCAAUAAAGAAGAAGGGACGGCCCAAGGCACGCCCGAUGCAGAUGGCCUUACUGAUUACUUUAUAUCUUCAAAAAGACUUUUCACAAUUAAGCCCAAGUCAAUUGACGAUAUACCCUAAAAGGUACCGUGAACGUUGGGUAACAAGAGAAAACUUUGAAGACAGAAAAUAAAAAAAAACAAAAUAAAUAUGAAGUGUGCACUACUACUCUGGUCUCAUCUCUCACUACUACUUGUCUUGAUUCUUGUUUCAGCAGAUCUCACUGCUUCCACAUCUUCUUGUCCGAGCCACUGUGGAAACAUCUCAAUACCGUAUCCUUUCGGGAUCGGAAAGGGUUGCUACCUCAACGAAUGGUUUGCAAUUCAAUGCAACAAUUUCACUUCCGGAGAGCUUGUCCCAUAUCUACCAAAGAUUAACAAAGAAGUUGUCAAAAUCUUUCUACCGGAUCCAGAAUAUUCAGGCGAAAGGAGUAUAUAUGGGUCACUUCGCAUCAAAACCAACAUAACUUCCAUGGGAUGUUCCAACAGCAGCGAUCAACUAAAGUUCGGUGAUCCUUUGAAUUUUAUUGGCACGCCGUUUACCAGUGGCCGUUCCAACACCUUCCACGCUAUUGGCUGCAACUACAAGGCCACCUUGACACAUCUUGAGCCCAGAUUGGUGGGAUGCAUCUCGACUUGUGAUCCAAAAAAGAUGAAUCAUGAUAUCAGCUGCCGUGGUAACAAAUGCUGCCAAGCAGACCCACCUAGUGGGAUUGGACAGAUAGUCGGUAUCAGUAUGGAGGAAUUUUCGAGUAACAAAACAAGAGAGAGAGGGUGUCAAGUGGCUUUCUUAACAAACGAAAAUCGAGAUCGACCAGCAUACCCGGUGGCCAAAUUUACUGAUCUGCAAUGGUUUUAUGAUAGGCAAUAUGUUAUACUCCAACUACGGUGGGCCAUUCCCAUGACGAAUCUCUCCUUUGUCAACUCCUUGAGAUGCGCACAUUAUGAAAUGCUUCAGUAUAUCGAUGGCAUUAAUCCUUGCGGAUGCUCGAAUACAGAUGAUGGGAGCAGCAAUGUAGAAUGCGCAUGUAAUGAUGGUUACACAGGUAACCCAUAUAUUAUGGUGGAUGUAAAGGUUAGUAAUUAUUUCUUCUUUUCCCUUUAUGUAAUGUAAAUAUCAUGUAAGCCUAACAAGUCCUAUAUAGGUGGUAGCAAAUCAUAAUGGAUGAAUACAAUCAAAGUAAUACCUAUAUAUAUAAAAGAGACUUCAUCAUCGAUUUAAUUACACUUUCAUGACGUUGUUCAUCUAGAUAUCGAUGAGUGCCAACUCGACUCGAAUAACAAGUAUUGUAGGCGACAAGGAGGCACUUGUGUGAAUACUCCAGGAGACUUCCAGUGCGUAGUCAAGAAGAACAAGACUGUGCCAAUUACUAUAUGUAAAGUCAUUACCCAGUUUAUAUCCAAAUUGAUACAUCAUCUAUUGUAUAUUAUUUGUUGUAUCUGAGUGGUACACAAAUUAAGUACGCUUUUCAAAAUUUCUUGUGGGUUUGCAGGACUAUGUGUAGGUUUUGGUGUGCUGAUGUUUUCCGGUGUAACUUUGUGGUUAUACAAAUUUAUUAAAAAGCAAAGGAAGAUCAACCGCAAAAAAGAAGUUAUUCAAACGUAAUGGAGGUUUGCUAUUGAAACAACAGUUGACUGCAACUGAAGGCAACAUAGAGAAGACAAAAGUAUUCACCUCGAAAGAGUUAGAGAAAGCUACUGAAAACUUCAUUCAACUAGAGUGCU